GAGUAAAAACAACCCAAACAAACAUCUGUCAUCACAGAAAAAACAAGUGGAAAACCACUAACAAACAUUUUAAACAAAAAACUUUGUUAAUAACAUUUUACAUUAGUGGGGGUCUCGAUAAAUAAUCAUAUAAUGUCAUCUACCAACGAUUCACAACAGUACGAGUAUAUGAAACGUGAGGAUGAAGAAAUGUCAGCGGACGAAGACUCCGAUAAUCGACAAAAUCCUAAUGCUUAUAUGCUUAGGGAACAGGAUCGCUUUUUACCCAUAUGUAAUAUUAUUAAAAUUAUGAAAAUACCUGUACCGGAAAAUGGCAAAAUAGCAAAGGAUGCCCGCGAAUGCAUACAAGAAUGUGUAUCUGAGUUUAUAUCCUUCAUUACAUCGGAGGCAAUAGAACGCAGCAUGUCGGAGAAUCGCAAAACAGUGAAUGGUGAUGAUUUGCUUUAUGCAUUUGCCACAUUGGGUUUUGACAAUUAUGUGGAACCCUUGGGCGUGUAUUUGCAUAAGUUUAGAGAGGCUACAAAAUGUGAUCGUAAUUUAUUAAAUGAAAAUUCUGUGCUGCAAGAUGACACUCCCAGUGAUGUUCGUAAGACCUGAAGAUGCCCUCUUUUUAAAGUAAUUGAUUAUUUUUUAUUCUGUCAUCUUUUGAUUUCUUUUUCGCAUUUAUGAUUUUACAAUAUAAAUACAUAUAUGUAUAAGAAAACAAAA